AUGGAUUUCAACAGUUCAUCGCCCUUCCCUGAGGGCGUCAUAUCCUUCCUGGAUACUGAUCUCUACAAGUUGACGAUGCAAUGCGCCGUCUUCAAGUUCUUCAAGGAUGUCCCCGUCACCUAUGCCUUUACGAAUCGCACUCCCGAGAAGAAACUGUCGAGAACCGCCUUCAAAUGGCUGCAGGAACAGAUCCAAAAACUCGGCAACAUCUCCCUCUCCGACGAAGAGUACCGCUUCCUCAAGACUCACUGCACAUACCUGACCGACGAGUACAUCAACUUCCUCAAGGAGUUCCGCCUGCACCCGCGCGAGCAGGCCGUCGCGACCUUCACCACCAUCGGCGAGGACACAGGCGCCGACUCCGACAUUGGUGACCUGCACGUCGAGAUCAAGGGAACAUGGCUCGAGACCAUUCUCUACGAGAUUCCCCUGCUCGCCCUUACCUCCGAGGCCUACUUCCGCUUCAUGGACACCGAUUGGAGCUACGAGGGCCAGGAGGAGCAGGCCUUCGGCAAGGGCAUGCGCCUCCUGGAGGCCGGCUGCACCUUUUCCGAGUUCGGAACCCGCAGGCGCCGCGACUACCACACCCAGGCACUCGUCUUCCGCGGAUUGGUCAAGGCCAGCAAGGAGGCCGAGAAGAAGGGUCUGCCGGGUAAGCUCACCGGAACCAGCAACGUCCACCUGGCCAUGCGCUUCAACAUCCCCCCCGUCGGCACCGUCGCCCACGAGUGGUUCAUGGGAAUUGCUGCGAUCCACAACGAUUACAAGGCCGCGACGGAGCUUGCGCUGCGUUACUGGGUGGGCUGCUUCGGAGGCAAGCUCGGCAUUGCCCUGACCGACACCUUUGGCACGCAGGAUUUCCUGAGGGCCUUCAGCCAACCUGUCCACCCCAUCGACGGCGACGAGAGCAAGUUCAGAAAGGCCGACGGCACGCUCCAGACGUACGCCGAGCUGUUCCAGGGCGUCAGACAAGAUUCCGGCGAUCCGGCAGACUACGUCAAGAUGCUGCGCGAAUACUACGACGGCCAGGGCAUCAAGGAGAAGAAGACGAUGGUCUUUUCCGACUCGCUCAACAUUGAGAGGUGUCUCGAGUACAAGGCCAUCUCCGAGGCCGCAGGCUUCGUCCCGACGUUCGGUGUGGGCACCUUCCUCACCAACGACUUCACCCACCUCAAGACCGGUACCAAGUCUGUGCCGCUGAACAUUGUCAUCAAGCUGAGCUCCGCCAACGGAAGGCCAGCGAUCAAGAUUAGCGACAAUGCCGGCAAGAACACCGGUGACAAGGAAACCGUGCAAAAGGUCAAGAGCGAGCUCGGAUACGUCGAGAAGGAGUGGAAGGGCGGCGACGAGACGCAGAGAUGGGGAAAAGAGGGCGAUAGCAAGGCAUAG